CCUCGUUCGCUAGUCACUAUUUCCUGGAACGUCACGAAUGACACGUGUAUUCAAGAUGGUGGCCGCGAUGGAGACGUGGGGCCUCUUGCUGCUGUCCGUGCUGCAUGUGGCCCAGCCUUUUUAUGUGCCUGGAGUUGCUCCCAUCAAUUUUCACGAGAAUGACCUGGUGGAGAUCAAGGCAGUGAAGCUGACCAGCUCACGGACCCAGCUGCCCUAUGAGUAUUACUCCUUGCCGUUCUGUCAGCCCGAUAAGGUGGUCUACAAGGGUGAGAACUUGGGAGAGGUACUCCGGGGUGACCGCAUUGUGAACACUCCGUACUCGGUCCUGAUGAACCAGAAGCGAGCGUGUGAGGUGGUCUGUGAGAAGCCCAACAAGCCCCUCCGGCUCAGCGUGGAGAAGAGCAAGCUGAUGGCCGAGCGAAUCCAGGAGGAGUACUAUGUGCAUCUGAUUGCCGACAACCUCCCGGUGGCCACACGACUGGUAUUCUCCCCAAACCAGGCGGGGGGUGAUGAGGAGCAGAAGAAAGACACGCCGCCCGAUGUGCAGUUUGAGCACGGCUACAGGCUUGGCUUCACUGACAACAACAAGUUCUACCUCCACAACCACCUCACCUUCAUCCUGUACUACCACAAGGAGAUAGUGGAGCAGGGCGAGGAGCACACCUUCAGAGUGGUGCGGUUUGAAGUGGUUCCCCAGAGUGUGAAGGUCGAGGACCUGAAGGCGAAUGAGAAGGGUCUGUGUGACCUGCCAGACGCCAGCGCCUCUGCACCCCAGGAGAUCGACCCCAGCAAAGAGAACGAUGUGCUCUUCACCUACUCCGUCCAUUGGAAGGAGAGCGAAGUGAAGUGGGCAUCACGCUGGGACACCUACCUCACCAUGAGCGACGUGCAGAUCCACUGGUUCUCCAUUGUCAACUCUGUGGUUGUGGUCUUCUUCCUGUCAGGCAUUCUGAGUAUGAUCAUCAUCAGGACCCUGAGAAAGGACAUUGCUAACUACAAUAGAGAGGACGACAUCGAGGACACCAUGGAGGAGUCCGGAUGGAAGAACGUCCAUGGAGAUGUGUUCCGCCCCCCUCAGUAUCCCAUGAUCCUCAGCUCCCUGCUUGGCUCUGGCAUACAGCUCUUCUGCAUGAUCCUCAUUGUCAUCUUUGUGGCCAUGCUGGGAAUGCUGUCUCCUUCAAGCCGUGGUGCUCUGAUGACCACAGCCUGCUUCCUGUUCAUGUUCAUGGGUGUGUUUGGGGGUUACUUCGCUGGCAGGCUGUACCGCACUCUGAAAGGCCACCGGUGGAAGAAGGGAGCAUUUUGUACGGCCACCCUCUACCCCGCUGUGGUCUUUAAAAUCUGCUUCAUUCUAAACUGCUUCAUCUGGGGAGAGCAUUCCUCUGGCGCGGUGCCGUUUGCAACCAUGGUGGCACUGCUCUGCAUGUGGUUCGGCAUCUCCAUGCCCCUGGUCUACCUUGGCUACUAUUUUGGAUUCCGCAAGCAGCCCUAUGACAACCCUGUCCGUACCAACCAGAUCCCUCGGCAGGUCCCAGAACAGCGCUGGUAUAUGAACAAGUUUGUUGGAAUCCUGAUGGCGGGGAUCCUCCCAUUUGGCGCCAUGUUCAUCGAGCUCUUCUUUAUCUUCAGUGCCAUAUGGGAAAAUCAGUUCUACUACCUGUUUGGCUUCUUGUUCCUGGUCUUCAUCAUCCUCGUGGUGUCCUGUUCCCAGAUCAGCAUCGUCAUGGUCUACUUCCAGCUGUGUGCAGAGGAUUACCGAUGGUGGUGGCGAACCUUCCUUGUCUCAGGCGGUUCUGCCUUCUAUGUACUCGUAUAUGCCAUAUUCUACUUUGUCAACAAGUUGGACAUUGUAGAGUUCAUCCCAUCGCUGCUGUAUUUUGGAUACACAGCCCUCAUGGUCCUGUCAUUCUGGCUCCUGACUGGGACGAUCGGGUUUUAUGCUGCGUACAUGUUCAUACGGAAGAUCUAUGCUGCCGUCAAAAUCGACUGAGAUGCUGGAAGGCGACGAGGGGUUGUCUUUUUUCCCUUUUUAAAAAAUAUCUUUUUAUGUUUUGUUUUUUUUUGUUUGUUUUUUUUUGUUUUGUUUUUUGCAAGCACUGAUUUUUGUGUGGGAGGAGCGUGGGGGAUAGGCGUUAAGGAGGACCCCUGGCGGGAGAAGAUGGACAUGAACACUACACGGCUCCAAAUUAUCUUCAGUCGGGAAAUAACAAGAAACAAGCUCCUCCUAGACUAGUUCACAGUGUUCAGCAAACCAAGGGCCAAAGCUUGUGCGAUGAGAUUUUCCUUUUUCCCUAUUUUUAAUGAUGAUUUUGGAAUUUGGCGGGGCAGGUUUUUGGAGCCGUAACAUUUGACAUCCAUGCAGUUUCACAUCUGUUGUACCUGUUGAUAUUUUUCUUUUUUGUUACAGGGAAUAUGUAUGUAAAGACUUUGGAGUGAGGGGCACUAGGCACUGUAUCUAUGGACACGAUAGUAUGAUAAUGUACAUGAAAAUGAUGAAGAGCUAGUAUUUGUCCGAGGAGCAGUAAAUGAUGAAUAAUACUGUAUUUAAGCCCAACCCUCUGAAGAUCUGCCCCAGCAUCAGGCCUCUGUGUCAGUGAGCUUUCACCUGUCAAGACUAAAUAGGGCUCUGUCAUUUCAUUGGGUGGGGAAAAGAACCUGUUGAUAUCCUUUUGUCUAUUUGUCCGUUUACUUUCUGCUCCUUUUCUGAACAAAUUUACUGAAAGAGGCCCCAAGGCCAUGCUAUACCAGCUGAACAUGUUCUACUGGGCAGUGCUAUUUCAUAAAGAAUCUUCACUCAAGUGGCUGUAUGAAUCCUCACAAUUUGCUUUAAAAAAAAAAAAUUGAUGCAAUGCUGAAUUUAGAUGCUGAUAAUGUUUUUAUUUUAUUUUUAACAAGCCUGGCGGCUUUCUCUCAUUUUGUACUUUUGUUAAUUGUUGCAUACAGAACAUUGAUAUGUAAUUAUUGAUAAACAUACUUCAUUCUGUGGGUGGAUGAAGGAUGGCCCUUUGGACUGUCUUUAAGAUAAACCAGCAUACACAUGUUUCCGGUAAACAUGUAAAAUGAUGCUCUGGGUACAUCAGGUGGUCGACAUUGUGAUUUUUAUCAGUACCAUUAGUACAAGCUGGGAUGUAAUACAGAGAAGUAUACUAUUCAUAGCUAUCACUCACUCUUGCUGGUAUUAUAAAUAGUGACAUGGAUACUGAUUGUUAGAUCAACAACUAAUGCCAAAAAAUGAAUGGACUGGCUGCUCUAAUAUUCUGGUGCAGACAUGCAUGUUGUUUUCAGCUUUGUAUGCUGUUAUUCAGAGCUCAUGGUAAAGGCUAACAUCAAGUAGCACAGCAUUAUUUGUAGAACCAAGAGUAUUGUAGUAUUAUGAGGUGUACUUUUUAAAGUUUUUGAUAUAACUUAUUUUUUUCUUUUUUUUAGUCUUAGCAGGUGCAACAUCAAGGCAAGUUGGUAAUCAGUUGGGCACGAAUCUAUGUACCUGAUAUGCCAGAAUUGGUUUCAUAGGCAUAAUGACUCAGAACCUUGAUAGAACCAAUAUGCCAGUUUUGUUUGCAUCAACCUGUUCUGCACAGUGCACAAUCAAACAUUUGAUUAAUUUACAUUAUCAUUACUGUUAAACAUAUUUGUGUUGCCUUUUUUAAGGAUGGCGUUGCAUAGUUCAACAGUACAUUGUAAGAUAAAAUGUGAAUAGUUUAUGCUCAGAUUUUUCAGGAGAGCUUAUCCUGGACCGAAAUGUCAUUUCUUCCUUCUACUUUUCUGAAGUAAUUUCUGAAUGAUUGUUGGUGUGAAGAACCAUCUGGAUUUUUUCCAUGCAGAAGCAGGCAAAAGUAUACUGUAAUUCCUGUCAAUUAUCCCUGCAGCUAUUCUGGGUUGAGCCCAUUCUAAAUAUGGGGCUUGUUGCUUACUUUUUGUACAUGACUACAUUACUCGGUUGGCCGACUUUGUUUCUUUACAUCUUUACAUUAUUUGUUUGCCAUUUGUUUUCUAAUCCUUCUCCAAUGUUUAAACCUCCAUGUUCUUUCAAUCUUGUACUCAAAAUAAGUUGAGUAAGUGUAAUUGAGAGGGGAAGCUCAGAGCUAGUCAGUGCAUCUUCCAUCUGUGAUGUGGUAACACCUUCAGUAAAUGUCUUAUCAGAUGCACACCUGCUGCAUUAACUGUAGGAAUUGAGAAUGGAUGUGGGCAUUGUGUGGAAAGGUGUGCCCAUGGUGACCCAGCUCUAGAUGGGUCUGUCCAACCCCCCAAAAAAUAUCCUCUGGGGGAAAAAAGAAAUCAAUAAAAAUAUGUCUUGGCACAAGUGUCAUUCUAGCCCAUUGUAGCCCCGAAGCAGUCCCUUCUUUGUGCAUCUGAAAAGUUAGGCCUUUUCAGAGCAAUUCCCCUUUUUAGAAGAUCAUUAGUUGUCAGCCUGUAACAGCCUCAGCAGGCUUUUCCACACUGCUAGGAAUGCUGGGUCCAUCUGCAGGUGGCGUAGCCUUUUAUCAGAGUGGGUUGUGCUCCUGAUGAGCCUGUCUUCCAGGUGCUCAUUGUGGAAUUCUUUCUGCAUGGUUUCUGAGGUAUGGCCAGGCAGAGACUUUUUAACCUGUCAAUCAGGUUAAAUCUAGGUGUGCGUCCUUUGAAAUGCAAAAAGGCCAUCUGACAGUUGGCAGGAGGCAAAGAGGGACUUUCAAGACAACCUGAAACGGCAGCCUUUUGUGGUUACAUUUUUGGGCAUGGCCUAUUUUGGUGAAAGUUGAAAACCACUACUGGGGUGCCUAGGUUGGGGUUGGCGAAAGGCAGGGCAAAUCGGUAGCAGAGAUUUCAGAACACGCUGCUUCAGAAGCCCUUGUUCUAGCCUCCAAACAUGUUUGUAGAACUUUGAUCAAGCAACAGCAUCUGGGCCAAAUAAUACGACGACAAACAUAAUUUCUACAGAUGUACUUUUCCUGCCCUGUAUGUAUGUUUGUGUGUAUGGGUGUGCGUGUGUACUGUAUGUGUGCAUUUCUGUAUAUAAUGCUUUGUGUUGUUGCAUUUAAACUCUUCCUAGGCUCUGUAUGUUCACAAUCAUGUCGUCCUUUAUGGCAGACCGCAUGUUUUUAAUCUUUUUUUUUUUUUUGUUCUUAAUUCAAAGAAUGUCCAGUUAUAUGAUGUAUGAAACAAUAAAAGUGCCCAUAAAUUCAA